CUCCUACGUUGGAGAAAAGGCGAGCAAAUUGCUUCGUUCAGAUUUGCUUCGCUCUUUAAGGAAUAACAGUCUCCCAAACAGACCAUUUCAAAUUCAAUUCAUUUCUUCAUUUUUCUCCAUUUUUGGACUUCUCUCAAAAGCAUUCUCAUUGACUUCCAGAUCUCUUCAAUUUCUUCAAUUUUCAUUGUCAAAUUUUGGAGAGAGUGUUAGUUCCAGAGCCAUGGAAGAGGAGAGUGGUGUGGAGCUUUUACAGCGUUACCGGCGUGACAGGCGAAUACUGUUAGAUUUUAUACUAUCUGGUAGCUUAAUUAAGAAAGUGGUAAUUCCUCCUGGUGCUUUUACGCUCGAUGAUGUGGAUUUGGAUCAAGUUAGCGUGGAUUACGUGCUAAGUUGCAUUAAGAAAGGUGGAAUGCUGGAGCUUUCUGAAGCAAUUCGAGAUUACCAUGAUCACACGGGGUUACCCCAAAUGAAUAGUGGCGGUUCUGCUGGUGAAUUCUUUUUGGUUACAAAUCCUGAAUUCUCAGGUUCCCCUCCAAGAAGGGCGCCACCACCUGUCCCUGUUUCCAUAUCAAUACUGACGCCACCAUCUCCUGCUUUUGCACCAUCUCCUGUUGUGUCAACUGUAUCAAGAUCGGAGUCUUUUGAUUCCACACAAGUUCAAGAAUUAACUGUGGAUGAUAUUGAAGAUUUUGAAGAUGAUGAAGAUCUUGAGGAAGUUAAUAGCCUCAAAAUUUCAAGGCGGAAUCCAAAUGAUAUUGGUGAUCUUGUGCUGAAGUUGCCUUCUUUCGCUACAGGUAUAACAGAUGAUGAUCUCCGUGAAACGGCAUACGAAAUUCUUUUAGCUUGUGCUGGUGCUUCUGGGGGUCUCAUUGUACCGGCAAAAGAGAAAAAAAAAGAAAAACGUUCCAAGUUGAUGAGGAAGCUUGGACGAAGUAGAAAUGAGAAUAUUGUGGUGCAGUCUCAACAGGUACCAGGACUGGUUGGUUUAUUGGAAACAAUGCGUACCCAGAUGGAGGCAGCCCUUUGGAUCAGAAAUUUCAUGGCUCGCCUAGCACAAUUGGGUGACAACCUAGUUCCUUUGAUUUCUGAGGCAAUGGACAUUAGGACGAGACAAGGAUUGCUUAAUGCUCUUUCAGGGAAAUUUGGGAAAAGAAUGGAUACACUACUGAUUCCUCUGGAAUUAUUAUCUUGUAUUUCACGCACAGAAUUUUCUGACAAGAAAGCAUAUAUAAGGUGGCAAAAAAGGCAGUUGAACAUGUUGGCAGAGGGGCUUGUUAAUCACCCUGCUGUUGGCUUUGGGGAAUCUGGGCGCAAGGCCAGUGAGUUUAGAAUUCUUUUGGCAAAGAUUGAGGAAUCUGAGGCUUUUCCACCUUCCACGGGGGAAGUCCAAAGGACAGAAAGUUUAAGAUCUCUAAGAGAUAUUGCCAUACCUCUUGCUGAGAGGCCAGCUCGGGGUGACUUAACUGGAGAAGUAUGCCACUGGGCAGAUGGUUAUCAUCUGAAUGUCAGACUUUAUGAGAAACUGCUUCUGAGUGUGUUUGAUGUUUUAGAUGAGGGAAAGCUGACCGAGGAAGUGGAAGAAAUUCUGGAGCUCCUAAAGUCAACCUGGCGUGUUUUGGGAAUAACAGAGACCAUCCACUACACUUGCUAUGCAUGGAUUUUAUUUCGUCAGUAUGUUAUCACAAGUGAAAAAGGGAUUUUGCGACAUGCCAUUGACCAAUUGAAGAAAAUACCAUUGAAAGAACAAUGGGGCCCACAAGAGAGGUUACAUUUAAAAAGCUUGCAUGUCAGAGUUGACGGUGAAGAGGGCUCUCGAGAUGUUUCUUUCUUACAAUCCUUCUUAUCACCCAUCCAGAAAUGGGCUGACAAGCAACUAGGAGACUACCACUUGAACUUUGCUGAGGGAUCAGUGGUAAUGGAGGAUAUAGUAACAAUUGCAAUGAUUGUUAGAAGACUUCUGUUGGAAGAAUCUGAUAUUGCAGUGCAAUCUUCUACUGUCUCAGAUCGAGAUCAGAUAGAAUUAUACAUAUCUUCAUCUGUUAAGAAUUCAUUUGCAAGGAUAAUGCAAGCUGUUGAUAAAUCAGACACAAUGGGUGAACAUCCUUUGGCGUUGCUUGCAGAGGAGGUCAAAAAGCUUCUCAAAAAAGAUUCAACAUUGUUCAUGCCAAUUUUAUGUCAGAGGCAUCCACAUGCAAUUAUUUUUUCAGCUUCACUUCUACACAAGCUUUACGGGAACAAGUUGAAACCUUUUGUUGAUGGUGCUGAACAUCUGACUGAGGAUGUUGUAACUGUAUUUCCAGCUGCUGAUAACCUUGAGCAAUAUAUACUGAACCUCAUAAAAUCUGCUUGUGAAGGUGAUAAUGUGGAGAUCCAUUUCAGGAAGCUAAAUCCAUACCUGAUUGAAUCUGUUUCUGGAACAGUGGUGUUGCGAUGGAUAAAUUCACAGUUAGGAAGAAUUAUAGGUUGGGUGGAGCGGACUCUUCAACAAGAGCAAUGGGACCCAAUAUCACCUCAACAGCGGCAUGGCAGUUCAAUUGUGGAAGUUUAUAGGAUUGUCGAGGAGACAGUAGAUCAAUUUUUCGGUAUUAAAGUUCCCAUGAGGCUAAUGGAACUGAAUGCUCUGUUUCGUGGCAUUGAUAAUGCAUUUCAAGUAUAUGCAAAUCAUAUUGUUGAUAAUUUAGCUAGCAAAGAUGAGCUGAUUCCACCUUUGCCUGUUCUCACCCGAUAUAGAAAAGAAGCUGGAAUAAAGGCUUUUGUGAAGAAGGAACUAUUUGAUUCUAGGCUGCCAGAUCAGAAAAGGUCCAUCGAAAUUAAUGUCCUGACAACACCAACCCUAUGUGUUCAGUUAAACACUUUAUAUUAUGCUAUCAGUCAACUGAACAAGUUGGAAGAUAGCAUCUGGGAUCGCUGGACAAGGAAAAGGCCCCAGGAAAAAAUCUGCAUCAGGAAAUCCAUGGAUGAUAAAUCUAAAAGCUCAACCCAGAAAGACACCUUUGAUGGAAGCAGGAAAGAUAUAAAUGCUGCUAUUGACCGAAUUCGAGAGUUUACUGUUGCAGGAACUAAAAUUAUUUUCUGGGAUUUAAGGGAGCCAUUUGUCGAGAACUUGUAUAAACCUAGUGUUUCUCAAUCUCGGUUGGAAGCAGUUAUUGAACCGCUUGAUGUGGAACUAAAUCAACUAUGUGAUAUUAUUGUGGAGCCACUGAGGGAUCGAGUUGUGACCAGUCUUCUUCAAGCAUCACUGGAAGGCUUACUUCGAGUUUCUUUAGAUGGAGGCCAAUCACGAGUUUUCUCCCCAAGUGAUGCAAAGCUAUUGGAAGAAGAUUUGGAAAUAUUAAAGGAGUUCUUUAUUUCUGGAGGUGAUGGACUUCCUCGAGGAGUCGUUGAAAAUCAAGUAGCACGUGUUCGGCUUGUUGUAAAGUUACAUGGAUUGGAGACUCGAGAAUUGGUCGAGGACUUGAGAACUUCAAGUGGCAAACUAGGUGCUGAUAACCAGACUUUACUGAGAAUAUUAUGCCACAGGGCAGAUUCAGAGGCAUCCCAAUUUGUCAAGAAGCAGUAUAAGAUACCCAAGUCUUCUGCGUAGGCUGAUAGUUGUCUAGUAGUUGACUUAAAAUUGGCAAGUUAUGCCAUUUUUAAACUAGUUUGUUCUCUUCUUUUGUGUAAAUAAUUCACAUUUGACAUGGUCUAUUUGAGAUGGAAACCAUACCCUGAAUGCUCCAUGGCCAAGUGGAAGUGUUUUGAGCCAAACCUAUUUGCAAUGAGGUAUAAAAGCUUGGUCUAUUUGGCAAGCUAGAGUUUAUUGACUUAAUAUUGAGCACGGAGGGAAGGUUGACUUGUGGUUGUUUAUCAGUGUCGGAAGAAAGUUUUUCAAGAGAUUUCUGGCCAUGGCGGUAAAGUUAAUUGUUUCUAUGCUGGAAUGGUAUUCAGCCGUGGGAUGGUCCAAAAGGUUGUGGUCUGGAGGGGAUGUUAACCUUAAACUGUAUUUUGCUUAUUUGUAUAAUGUUUCUCCUUUGAAGUUUAUAUUCAUAUAUGACGAAUCCAUUUGACACAAGAAGGAAAAUAGGAGGCAUAGCAAUAUGAUAGCAUUGUAAGAUGUAAU